CGCCCACACACCAGGCCCCCGUGUGGUGAAAAAGGACGUGUGGGCGACCGGAUGAAUGCCCACACACCAGCUUAGUCCUACGUGGCACACAAAAACUGCUAAAACGCGCCAAGAUUCGUGCAGAAUUGGUUGGACGAGGAUCCAUACGUGUGAGCGAGUUGCGAGACACCCACACGCGUGGGCGUUAACAUUUUCGUUAGAAUUUACUGUUCAUCUGAGACAUGGAAGCCUAUAAAUAGUCCCUCUCCAAUUCCAGACGGCGGCGAAAGCCUUGCUCGGAGACAUGCGACAGCUCACGACCACUGAGGAGAGGGCGUGCUUGGAAGGAAGUAGGGCGAUGGAUGGGUUGGGAAUAACUGGAUCAGCGCGCGGUGCGCGUAUGGAUCGAUUAGAUUAGAAGAGGCGAUCCCUUCCAGUCCAGUAGGAAGAGGAACAACUUUUCCUUUUCUAUCUUUUCCUCCCCCCUCUCUCCCUCUUUGUUCCUCUCGCCGGGAUUAGGAUCGGAGUCGCUCCGUCCGCCCGCAUUGUCCAUCGAGCCAAGCAAAGGAGGGGGAGGACGAGAUCGAGCGAGGAUGCAGCAGCAGAUGGCGGCGACGGUGGAGGAGCAGAUGAUGGUGAAGGCCAUCAGGGACGAGUGCCCUUGGGAGACCCUCCCCAAGCGCAUCCAGGCCGCGCUCGUCUCCAAGGACGAGUGGCACCGCAGGAUUGUAGAUUAUUGUAUACGAAAACGACUGCCAUGGAAUAACUGCUUUGCCCGUAAAGUAUGCAAAGAGGGGGAAUAUUACGAGGAUUUGUUGCGCUAUCUCUGCAGAAAUCUAGCAUUAUACCCAUACCAUCUCGCAGACUACAUCUGUCGAGUAAUGAGGAUAUCAGCAUUCAAAUAUUACUGUGACGUCCUUUUUGAAGCUAUGAAGAAUGAGCAACCAUAUGACAGUAUUCCGAACUUCAGUGCUGCUGAUGCCCUGAGGAUUACUGGUGUUGGAAGAAACGAAUUUAUUGAUAUCAUGAAUAAAUGCAAAUCGAAGAAGAUAAUGUGGAAGCUGAGCAAAUCAAUUGCGAAAGAGUUGCUGCCUGCACAACCCGCAGAUUUAGCAAUAGAACCUUGGUGGGGAGUCCGUUUCGUCAACUUUACAUUGGAAGAGUUUAAGAAGCUUUCUGAGGAAGAGACAAUAGCAAUAGACAAAAUAUGUAAGGAGGAAGUCAAUUCAUAUGUUCUGUUUGAUCCAGAAGUUAUAAAUUGUCUUUACAGAAGAGGAGGGGUAUACUUCGAUGUGCCAGUUUAUCCAGAGGACCGUUUCAGAGUUUCAAGACUUGAAGGUUUUGUUUCAAAUAAGGAUCAGUCGUACGAAGAUCCAAUUGAAGAGCUACUAUAUGCUGUAUUUGUUGUAUCAAGUGAAAAUGCCACAGUUGCUGAAUUGGCUAAAACUUUACAGGCUGACCUUUAUCAACUCCAGGCAGCUGCAUCAUUUGCCUGCAGACUGGGAUGGGCCGUAAAGCUUUUGGAUACAGAUUCCGCUCUUAGAGAUUCAAGUGCUACUGGAUUGCCCAGUAACGUUCUUGGUGACGACGAAGAAGGUUCGCGCAUGAGCAUCAACUCAGAAAGAUCCUGUCCAGAAUUGCUCAGCAGUGAUUGUGAUGGACCCAGAAAAAUCUCUGGAACUGCUUAUGUGGGCUUCAUUGUGGAUGCUAAUGUAACUUCAUACUUGAUGAUGGGCUCUCUAUCUCCAGGAUUGAAGUCUCACGCUGUUACGCUAUAUGAGGCUGGAAAACUGGGCUAUUCUUGCAUUGUUGAUCUAUGCAAUGAUCUAGCCAGUUUAGAAGGAAAGAAGUUUGAGGGUGUACUCCAGGAAUUCGCAAACCAUGCGUUUAGCCUGCGAUGCUUCCUUGAGUGUUUGCUGUCCGGUGGAACUUCACCAAAUGAAUCUAGUGACGGAAACUGUCAGGAUGAUCUGUCCUCCCCUUUAAGCAAGAAAAGCAUUGAGGAGGGCGCUGAUAAUGUUGUCGGGAAUAACGGAAGCCAACAUGGUGACACAUCACAACAGGAAUACCCAACGGUUGAUUCAGAGGCGUCGUCGCCUUCAAGUAUUAUAUCAAGAGGGAUGGAAAGUGUAGCCGAAAAUGAUUUUGACAGCAGGCAAAUGGUUACUCAAAAUGACAAUAGCCAGGCUACAGAACUGGAUGGCCCAGCUGUGCGCAAGACUAAAAGAAAUUACCGAGUCAACAUUCUCCGCUGCGAGAGCUUAGCUUCACUGGCGCCAUCCACGCUGGAAAGAUUACUUCUUAGGGACUAUGACAUUGUGGUCUCUAUGAUACCUUUUCCACCUUCAUCAGUUCUACCCAGCACUGCAGGACCAGUACAUUUCGGUCCGCCUUCUUACUCCUCAAUGACACCUUGGAUGAAGCUUGCCUUGUAUACUUCUGGUAGCUGUGGCCCGCUCUCUGCUGUUUUCAUGAAAGGACAGCGUCUGCGGCUGCUUCCCGAGCCAUUAGCCGGUUGCGAAAAGGCACUAAUAUGGUCUUGGGAUCACUCUGUGGUGAGUGGACUAGGAGGAAACUUUGAAGAGAACCUGGUAAGGGGAGGCCUUCUUCUGCACUACCUGAACUCAAUGACAAGACAUUCUGCCGUGAUAGUGCAACCACUGGGCAUAAAGGACCUUGAUGAAUCAGGAAACCUCGUAACCAUGGAUGUCCCAUUGCCCCUGAAAAAUGCUGAUGGGUCAAUCACAUCCGCGUUAGCCGGAACUGAUUUGCCUGAGGGGCAGAUGUCAAAUUUGACUGCCUUGUUGGAAGAUCUAUCCAGUAAAGUUGAGUUGAGCACGGUUGGUUACCUUCGCCUAGUAAGGCUUCACAGGGUAAGCGAAUCUAGUGAACCUCCAGAGAAGGAAAGUUAUGAGUGGAUACCUCUGAACUUGGAAUUCGGAAUUCCUUUGUUCAAUCCAAAGCUGUGUGAAAGAAUAUGUGAAAGGGUCGUCAACUCAAAUAUGCUUCAGAAAGAUGAUCUCACCGAACACUAUGAGUCUAUGCAGACGGUGAGGAAGAGGUUGCGCGAACUUUGCACUGAGUACCAAGCAACCGGUCCAACAGCAAGGCUAUUAAAUCAGCGGGGAGGCUCGAAGAACUCUCCGCGCCAACUCCAACUCAUAAACAUUGUGAGUGGAAGAUGGAGUCCAUUCCAUGAUCCAUCAUCGCCUACCCAAGAAGGGACGUCACCCGGUGAACACGUCAGGCUGAAGCUCGGAAGACGGCAGAAGUGCUUUACUGAAGUUCUGAGCUUUGAUGGGAGCAUCCUCAGGUCCCACGCACUCACUCCCGUGUAUGAGGCUGCUACAAGAUCUGUCACUGAAGAUCAACCAUCCCCUUCUCCGAAAACUGAUUCAGAAGAUUCCGAUACCAAGGAUGUGGUCUUACCAGGAGUCAAUCUCAUAUUUGAUGGCGCUGAGCUGCACCCAUUCGACAUUGGCGCUUGCCUCCACGCCCGCCAACCCUUGUCAUUGAUAGCUGAGGCGUCGGCCGCGUCAUUGGCCAUGAAAUGACUGAUAUGCAUCUCAGCACGUUGCCAUCACAAAUUUUGUUCUGUUUAAUCUAUGCGCGGAAUUGAUUAUUGUGUAGGACGACUCUCAGAAUCAGGCUUUUUUAAGAGAAGAUUUUGUUAUGCCAGGGUAAUUUUUCCUUCUCUAGAUGACAGACACUUUUUCCAACAGGGGAUGAAUGCCAGGUGAGUCUCCAUGCACGAAUCAAUCUUACUUUCUACUCCCUCCGUUCCUAAAUAUUUGUUUUUUUAGAGAUUUCAAAUGGAUUAUCACAUACAGAUG